GUGACUCAGCGCCUCGCCACAGAGGAGCGUUGUUGGAGGAAGAGGGAGUGUUUACAGAUGCACAAUAAAAACGCCACACAAGGUCGGCUGCUCCCACCGGCUAUAAAGACUCCGCUCUGAACCGUCCUCCGCCUUCCUCCGCCUCACUCCUCCGACCUGAGACCGCCCCCCCCUCUCCCUCCAUCACCUCCAUCAUGGCUGUGACCCGUCAACCCGGCAGCUUCGGGCCCUCCGAGUUCCAGACCGGCCUGUGCGACUUCUGCGGCGACUGCGGCACCUGCCUCUACGGGCUGUGCUGCUACCCCUGCCUCGGCUGCUCCAUCGCCAGCGACAUGGACGAGUGCUGCCUGUGCGGCCUGAGCAUGGCCAUCCGCAGCGUGUACAGGACCAAGUACAACAUCCAGGGCUCGCUGUGCGGCGACUUCUGGGCGGUCGGCUGCUGUCCGCUCUGCGCCACCUGCCAGCUGAAGAGAGACAUCGACCGCAGGAAGGAGCAAGGCAUCUUCUGAUUGGGAUGGCGUGACGGAGGCUGUUCUCGUGUGAUCUUUGUGCUCCUGUGAAGACGUUUGUGCGGGACGCUCCCCAGAGGGCAGAUCAGCAUCGAGAUUUACCGCCUCGGUUACAAAAUAAAGCUUAUCUGAUUGAAUGUUUGUUUUUAAAUGUUAUUGCAAUAAAAAUGAACUCUUAAUUGGAA